AUGUUACUUGAGUAUUAUCCUAUUGAAGCGCCUGAUAUUCUUAGGGAGAAAGCAUUUGGUUAUUUGUGGAAGAUUAACAUUCCGUUUAGAAUUAAAGCGUUUGGAUGGAAAUGUUUUUGGAACCGAGUGGCUACUAAGGAUCAACUUUCGCGUAGAGGUGUGGAUUUAAUUUCUGAUUUAUUUUGUUUGCACUGCGGAACGGUUGAGGAGUCUUUAGAUCACCUUUUGGGGCAAUGUUGCAUGGCGAAUUCAGUGUGGAGGAAGAUUGCUAAUUGGGUUGGUAUAGACGGUUGCGUUGAGAAUCAUGGGUGGCGUAAUUUCUUGCGUUGGUUUGAGUUUUUUAAACGGAAGAAGAUAAAAACCGGUAACGAAGGCAUUAUAUGGAUGGCGGUGUGUUGGAGUUUGUGGAUAUCGACGAACAUUAUUUUGUUUGAGGAAGGUAUUUGCGAUAUUAACGAUAUCGUGUGGAACAUCAAAUUGCAGGCUUGGAAAUGGUCUUUCAUAGGAGAUAUUACAUAUACCAAAUAUAAUUUUUAUGAGUUUUACAAAGCCCCUUUGGAUUAUUUAGUUUAA